AUGGUAAGCAAGCGAGUAUCGUCAGCAAACAUCAACAAACUGACAUUCAGAAGCAAAAACUGUUGCCUGAUGAUUGCCUUUACGGCAUGAAACUCAGUAGUUUCUAAAAAUAGUAGCUACCCCUAAAACAUGACAGCUAUACAUGUUGGACAUUGUUGCUAAAUAUGGAAAUGUGCAUAUAUUUGCAUUAUUUCUUGGUAAAUUGGAUAUUCAAGCUUAAAAAAGGUGGCCCAACUUUUUUAAGUUUAUGUCUGCACAGGAAAGUAACCUCUAAACUGACAUUUGAUAAAAAAAUUAGCUCUCAGCUGAGAAUUAGCUUGAUAUUUUGGCUUUCCGUUGAUAUACGUUUUCCAUUUGCAUAUACAUUUCAGGCAAAGAAAUGGAUACAACUUUUUAAUUCUCUGAGCAGUGUUUAUGAUGGGUACACCAAAGAAAAUGUCACUCCAUAUAUGCAUGCCAUGGUGUACCAUGUCCUCACACUGAUGCGAAAGCAUGGUGGUAUCAAGAAAUUCACAGGGCAAGGUGAGUUAUGACAAACACUACUUUAAUUACUGUAUACUAUGUACUGAUGAAGUGAUCAAUACAUGUAUUUUACCAGUGUACAUUAUUCAUAGGCAUUGAACAGAACAAUGAUGACUGCCGAAGCAUUAAUCUAACUAAAUCUAACAAGUGGGAUGCUGCUAAGGAUGUCCUCCUUGUUUCCAAUAGAGUAGAAAUCCUUUCAAGCUUUCGUCGUACACCAAGUAUGUACCCAAAGCGAAACGCCCAGUACUGGGACAACGACCUAAAGGAGAAGCAAGCAAAGAUUAAGCAUAAGAUGAAGGAUGAGAAUAAACAAAUCGAUGCAAAUAUUCAAUCAAAUGAUGAGCCAAGUGUGGAGAGUAUGUCACCUGCAGAGCUUCGGGCAGGCUUUAAGCACAGUAUGGCAUUAAAACUUGCAUAA